UGUAACCCGAAUUUCCAUGUCAAAACAUCCUAAAUCCCGAUCCAUUCUCUCUGAGAGACUCUGUAGGCGUUCAUAUGUCCAUCAAAGUCUUUGCUGUUGUCAGGCGUACCCCCAGAGCCAAUAUGAAGAGCCUCUGUGAAACAGGGCAUUCAUAAUCCUAUGAUCCCCGAGUCAUCGUAUCCAUCAUCUGGAUUGUAUCAUCUUCAACACAAUGACUGACCCGUUUUCCAUCGUCACCGGGGUUGCUGGUCUUCUUUCCCUGACCGGUGCCGUCAUCAGCCAAUGCUACUGCUAUGGUUGUGCGGUGGCUGAGGCCCCGGACGAAGCACGGCGACUCGUGUCUGAAGUCACCAGCCUGAACGGCAUCUUACUGGGUGUCCAAGGCCUGGCAGCGCAGAUGAACUUGCCCGGGUACCAGCUGGAGUCGCCGUUGAAGAACUGCAAACUUGUGCUGGAAAGUGUGUCCACGAAGUUGCGUAAAUUCUCCCCUGGUUUGAGCAAAUCUCCCGGUAAACGCGCAAUCAAUCGCCUUCUAUGGCCACUCCGCAAGAACGAGACCGACGAACUCAUCACAGCCGUUGAGAGGCACAAAAACUCGCUGUCCUUGUCGUUGAAUUCCCUUUCAGUGGAGGCACUGAUGAGCCAAAGUGCCACACUGGAAACCGUCUCAGAUACCUUGACCGAGAUCACGUACAACAAUGCAGAGCAGGAACGAAGGGAAAUCUUGCACUGGCUGUGCGAGCAUCAUUAUGAGGCCCAGUUCCAGCGAGCAUAUCAACUUUAUUGUAACGGUACAUGCAACUGGCUCCUCGACGACCCUACAUUCCUCGACUGGUCUAAAGCCAGAUCUUCUCUGCUCUGGAUGCAUGGCCACGCGGGCUCAGGGAAGACCAUAGCCACAUCCUACCUCAUCCAUCAUCUCUUGGAGACAAAACCAGCCAACUCUUUGUUGGCCUAUUUCUACUAUGAUGCCAGCACAAUGGAAAGCCUGACACCGCAGACCUUCUUUGGCGCCAUUGUCAAGCAAUUCUGUUCAGAACUCCCACGACUACCCACCGAUAUCGUUGACGCCUACAGGCGAGCUUCGAGGCGUCUCGGCAGCCCCAGCCAGCCAAGUCUGGGCGAGUUGAAGUCCUUCUUGCAACAGCUGCUGGAAAGCACCGAUUCGGCAACAGUUGUCAUUGACGGUCUGGAUGAGUCUCCCGAUUACUCCGUAGUAGGUGACUUUCUGACCUCGAUUGUGCGAUCUGGGAAAUUCCCGCUGCGCGUUUUUAUCAGCAGUCGACUGCAAGUGGAUUUGCGUCGAUAUCUCCUCGGAUUCCCAGACAUUCCUGUUCCAGAACAAGCGAGUGAACAGGAUAUCAGCGUGUACAUUAAGAUGAGGAUCAGCAGUGACCCACGACUUCGGCGGAUGAGCGAGAAUAUGAAGGCUUUCGUGGAAAUGACACUGCGAACAGACUCGAACGGGAUGUUUCGCUGGGUACAAUGCCAACUGGACGAAAUGUCUAGGUUGAGGACCGAUGCUGCUCUGAAACGGGCGCUCAAUCAGCUCCCUCUGAGCAUUGAGGCUUCGUAUUUGCGCAUCAUCGACAGCAUCGCUCGGGAAGAUAUCCCCUUUGCUACACGGGCACUGCUGUGGCUUGCUCAUGCUUCUACUCCACUGACCCUGCCCGAACUUGCUGAGGCCGUGGUCCUUGAGCCGGACUUUGACGAACUAGACCCUGACUCGAAGCUCAAUGAUCCCAGUGACGUCCUCGAGAUCUGCCGCAGCUUAAUCACCUUCAAUCCGGUUUCACAAACCGCUCGCCUGGCCCAUCAUUCGGUUCGAGAGUUCCUCACCGGACGACUCGACCCUUCUUCCCAGUUCUUCAUUCCCACACGGGCAUCGCACCGUAUCAUGGCCGAGGCCUGUAUCCGUUACAUGCUCCUUGAGGACUUUUCGGCUGGUCCGCUCUUCAAGACAGAUUUCAUGUGGACGCUCUCCGAGUUCCCUCUUCUCCGAUAUGCGGCGCAAAACUGGCCGUUCCAUGUCCAGAUGUCGGGCGCGGAGACCGAGCUAGUUCCUCUCAUUCGAAGGCUCAUGACCCCGCGCUCGAACCCCAAGUUCCUGUUCUGGCUCCAGGUUGUCCUCUUUGACUCGUGGCAUGGCUACGUCCACCCCGACACAGACCUGGAGAACGCUCGGCCACUCUACUACGCGGCGUCGUACGGCCUGACGGAGACCGUGAGGAGCCUGGCCGAUGCGGGGGCCGACCUUGAUGAACGUGCCGGCAGGUAUGGCGGCACAGCGCUGCAUGCUGCCGUGUGGCGCAAGCGGCCGGAAAUCGUCGACAUCCUCCUAGACGCCGGCGCCGACCCGACCGUGAGGGACUACAACGGAGCCACUGCGGCGGAGCUCUCUCUUUUCAGCGGCACCAAGUUCUACAACCGCAUUUACAACGAGAAGCGCGGCAAGGGAGGCCUGGCGCCCUUGGUCGAGAGCGUCAUCCGAUUGCGAGAAAAGGAGCUCGCCAUGUCGACGGCCCGGGAGUCUGAGCUUGACCGGGAGAAGGACGACCCAAAACCACCCAGACUAUCCCUCCGAGUGGUCAACGAGACCCGCGACGCGCCCCCGGAGCCGUUGGAUGAGAAACGGCCGGUCAACCAUGACCUGACGGAACUUUCUUUGCCCUCCGUCCCCAUAGGCACCGUACAGCUCUCCGACGGAGGCGUUUGAGUGGUUCGUACAAGGAGAACGAGCUGGCCUUGUUCGGGUGUGUCAGGUUGGCCCCGGGCCCCUUUUGCGCUUGAACAACACUGCGCCGUGAAAUGGUUCCGUCACAAAGACCAAGCAAGGCAAAGACGCUGAAACAUCUCGCCAUGUGCAGCCUUAUGCGGCAAAGAAGGCGAGUCACCGAUCAUGAAGGAUCAUGACUGCUCGUUCCUUUGCCAGCUAUACUUCCCGCGAGCGAGGAUGUCUGAAGCAAAUCCAACAUGCGAUGUGGCAGAAGACUGCACCCCCGUCCGUCUCUGACAUGCCUUGUUGGUGAAUAGGAGAAACACGGCGAGCGAAGGUCUUCUGGCUGUGCUGCGGCUUUGAGGCUCCAUUAGGGUACCAGCCUUAUAUAGCCUCAACCAACCUCCCCACUCCUACCUUGCGGUUUCGCAGCAUCUCGUCCGGGCGAGCGAGGUGCAUACCCCGGGGGGUUGGUCGGGCAAGUGGAUUUUCUGCUGGGGAGGAGCAGAGAGUGUAUAUCCCCUGUUGUCUGUUGACUCGUCCUGGCUCGUCGCGCCCGGCAUUGUGCAGCCGUGGUGCCAUGCCACGAACUGCUACGAGGCUCGUGCAGGUGUGCGCAGGGGAUUCCAUUGCAUUAGCUCCGACGCGGUGCAGCGAGGUAGCGAGGCGAAAAGAAGUCUUCGAUAACCCCUUCGUCCAACGCUGGAUAUUGAAAAUAUACAUAUACAUGUGGACAGAUGGUGGUGCGGAUUUUGCCUGGAACGAAUUCAGCGCUGGAGAAUCUGUACGUGUGAUUUGGCUUCUAUAUAUCCCCGUGGAGCCAGAUAGCCCACUCCCUUGUAUAAAGCCUUGACUUUGGUUCCACUCACGCUUCAUUCGAGGAGAUGGCCACUCCGCCGUCUUCCUCAUCGUCGUCGCCAUCGUGAGCCCCGUCCUGCAUUUCCAGCUCAGGCGCAGCUUCACCCUCACCGACACGCUCGGUCGGCACGGGCUCGAGUUCCGGAGAAGAGCUGUUCCUCCUGAACUCCUUGUCGACCAAGUCCAUUCUUUCCCCCUCUCCGCCUCGGCCUUGGUCCUUUUGCUCGCCAUCCUUGUCGCCAGACCCAUUGGCCUGCUCCUGCUUCUGCGCCUCCGUCCAGCCUUUGCUCCGAUUCACCAGCGGCGAGUCGUCGUUGAACAGCCGCAGCAGCAUCGCCUUUCUCUCCUCCUUGGGCAACAUCAGGUUGAGCGAGUGGAUCGAUUUCCACAGGGGGAACACCAUCCUCUCCUCCAACCCUUCGCCUUCCUCCCCGCCGCCAUUCGGACCGGUCGCGCGGUCGGCGUUGGUCUCGCUCGGCUCCACAAUAAGCACACAGCAUCCCAUCCCCAUCUCUCUCACUUGUGCUCCCACCUCACCCAACUUGGCCCCGUCCUCGCCAUGGAACCUAGGGAACAUCUCAAUCAACAGCCGCCGCAGCGUCUCUUUCUUUCUCAACUUGACUUUCCUCUCGGGCCCGACCCACGUUUCCAGCAUCCUCAGCCCGUCCGUUUGGAUCCUCCAUGGACACACUUCCGGACUGGGCGCGUCCUGCUUCACAAACAUCUUGACACCGGCGUGUACGAAUUUGAUCCCCUUCCCUUCAUUUUCUUGGAGAAUUUCCUUGGCGAGUUCGUUGGUGUAGUAGAUGUUUUUCGUCGGAGUGCCAUCUGGGUUUCGGACCAUGUACCGGUCAUCGGGGAAUUGGGAGGAGAGGUUGUAGAAGCUGCGGAUUUGUUUGAGUUCGGGGAGGGACGGAGAAAGAUAUUUAAAUGGUUCUUCGAAAGGUUGAUCCCGAUUUUUCUUUUUCGGGGGUUGUUGUUGGUGUUGUUGCGGUUGAUGGCGAUGAGGUUGUGGCUGCGGUGCAUGGUUUGCUGGUGGCUGACCUUGUUGAAUAGUCGAAGUAGUGGCGGUAUCGUCGAGUUUC